AUGUACAAAGUUAAUUUCCCAGGUGAGCAAUCGAUUGAGACUGCUGUGGAAAGAAGACAGGCUGCAGAGGCAGCACGCAAAGCUCGAAUCUUCAAUACCAGGUCGCGUGUGAUGGGCCUUGACCUGCAUGCACUCAACAAACAGACCCAGGAUAAAAAGCGGCAGGAAGAAAUGGAGAGAGAAAGAGACAAAGCUUUUGAUAAGCUGAGACUGAAGCAUGAUGAAGCACUGUUGCAGAGAGACUUGGAGGAAAGGGAAAUGCGAGCAGCAUUGCAUGCUGACCUGACUGAGUAUUGGAGUAUCCAACAGCGUGUGGAGGACUCACACGACGCUGAUCUCAAGUGUGGUCCGAGGAGGACUUUCAGGAUUGACGUGCCAGAGGCUGAGCUUGGGCCUUCCAGCAUGCGCAUCUUUGAAGGUGAAGAUAUUGGAGAGGGACAGCGCAAGAGAGAACAAAUGAAAAAAACAGAACAAGAUCUGCUGGAACAAAAGGUGGACCGUGAGAGAAGGUGCAUGGAGGAUAAGCACAGAGAGGCGCUGGCAGCAAAAGAACUGUUGCAUCAGGACCACAGCUGGAGACAACAACACGCUGCUGAGGAGGAGGGCAAACAAGCUGCCCGGGUUGCUCUUGACCUCUACAACCAGGCUCUGGCUAUAGAGCGGACUGAAAGACUGAAAGAGCAGCGUCGGAGAGAGGAGAGCGAGAAUCUCGCUGAGAUGACAUCCAACAUGAUGACUGAGCGCUGGGAUGCAGCAGUGAAACAGCUGGAAGGAGGACGGAGGCCUGUUGUGACUGACGGGUGGAAGGGGAUGAGUCCUGAGCAGCUGAGGGACAUUCACAGGGAAAGACAAGUGCAAUGCAUUGACAGACAGAGACGGCGAGUUUUUGAGAAGAAUCGGGACGAAGCUUGGAACGCUCACAUCUUAAAGGACUCCAGAGAAGCUCAGGAAGAGGAACAGAGAAUGGUUGAGUUAAGGAGAGCAAAGCGGCUGCAGUCAGACCAGUUCAACAUGCAGCUGGCCCAAGAACAACAAGCACAUCAGCAGUACCUGAACAAUCAGCUGUACACCAACAAACCCAGUCGGGCCUACUUCAGUCAAUUCAACACCACUUCUCGCUGAUUGCAUCCUAAUACAAUCAUCAUUCCUCUCACAUUCCAUGUGACGGAUCAAUGCUAUGUGGGGACCCAAAAAAUGCCACCUAUCCUCAGGGUAGAUUUUUCCACAUAUUUUAUUAUUGUUCAGUCAUAUCCAGUUACAUUAGUUGAUUGAUGGUGCAGUUACAGUUGCAUUGGCCCCUUGGAGACUUGUAUGUGGCGUAUCCACUUACAGCUCGCACCAGGUUGUGUUCACCACUAAAAAGAGACACGUUUCCAAAGCAGCAGUGCCAGUGACAUACACCCCCUUAUGGCUCUUCAGGUUGUGACCUCAUCUCACCUCUAUACGGAUUUAUUGAUUUUAGUCUUUUUUUUUUGUUUAAAAAGGAUAUGUGUCAACCAAAAAAACAUCUAUGACAUGUAAAAGCAGAGACAGUCCAGUAAGUAUCUGUGUGUCAUUCACAUCUAUGACUACUUUUGUAAGAAGAGCAACAUCCCUGUUAAGAUAUAAGAUCCUUCUUAUCCUGAGUGUAUGAAUGUAUGAGUGCGUCUGUAAACUAACCCGCAACCAGGAGUUGCUUUAUCGCAGCCUUUAGUAGUGCUGGGAUGGUCAGGUGAUCCCUGGUUUGUUUGUUUUUUAAGUUGAGAGAAGUGAGAUAGCCACGUUGCUUGUAGUUGCUCCCUGUGGUGACUGCACCAGACGAAAGAAACAGAUAUUCACUUCACUGCAGUGCAUUCACUGAAGUGACAACAAUGUACAAUUAGCCAUAAACAUUGCAAACAUCUACCAAAAAUUAACCUUUUUAAUAAUUUUAUUUUUUUCCAUGUUCAUUUUUUUCUCUAAACAGUCAUAUUUACUGCUUGCCCAUAACAAAAGAAAUAGUCCCCAAAAAAAUAAAUAAGACAAUUUGUUUUGAAGAGAUGCUCAAAUAUUUUUAUACCUGCACCUUUUUUUCACAGCGGCCACAUUUGGGUUCUUCAUCGCAAUCUUUUAAGUGAUGUAUUUACAUU